UUCAGUAAUAGACGCCGCGCGUCGUCGUACAAACGCCCCACGCCUACUAGAUCCACUUUUAACCCGUUUGUUUUGUUCCGGCAUUUCUUGAGCUGCAAAAAAGCUACAAAAUGUAACUGUGACUAUUUCAGCACUUUUAUGAUGUGACAUAUACGUGAUAUAACCGUUUAAGUGGACAAAAAACAUGAUUAAAAAACUAAAUAGAAGUGUGACGUUGUGGCUUUUGAUCGCUGCACUGCUCAUCUGCAAAGUGCUUGGAAAUUCGACUUUGCCUACCCCAAAUGAAGAUGACGAAGAUUGGGAUGAAGAAGAAGAGUCUUCAGAAAUCGAAGAUGAAGGAAAUAAAAUCUACAAGAACCCUAGAAACUCUCCAUCUACGUUGUGCCCCAGAGAUGAAGAACAAGCAACUCUUUUGGGCCAGAAAUGCUUGAGAAAAUGCUCUUCCGACGAAGACUGCAAGAGCAAAAAGAAGAAAUGCUUGUGCGACGGAGCAUGUGGCAUGUCUUGCAUUAAACCGGACCGUGAAUGUCCAGAACCAGAAGAGAUUGCUUUUGGAACUGUUACAGCCAGUGGGAAACUGUUUGGUGCGAGGACAUCUUACUCUUGCGAGCACGGAUACCACGUUGUGGGGCUCCAAAGUCGUACCUGUCAGGCUGAUGGACAGUGGGCCGGACAAGCACCAGCCUGCAAGCAGAAUAUUUAUUGUUUGUCCCCUCCUUCUAUUGACCAUGCCAGACACAAUGCCCUUCCAGAACAAGCCACCUUCGAUUUAGACUCCACUUUGCAGUACUACUGCCACACCGGCUACGUCACCAAUGGGUUUCCCCGAGCAAAAUGCUUGGCAAUCGAUGGGCAAGCCUCAUGGUAUGGGCCAGAUAUUUCAUGUGAACCUAGAUCUUGUGGAGCUCCAACAGAUAUAUCCCAUGGCUGGCACGCAGGGGAAUGUUACACCUUCGGUUGCAGGAUAACGUACCAUUGCGCCGAAGGGUACGAACUGGUAGGUCGUGCCGAACGCAACUGUCAAAGCGAUGGUACCUGGACACCUAAAGAACUGCCCACUUGUGUUCUGGUCACAGCUGUCCAGUGCUCACCUCCGGAAAACCCGAGACACGGCAAGGCCAUCUACACGUCCUGCAGUUACAACUCGGUGGUACGGUACGAGUGCAAGUACGGCUACACCUUGGUGGGGGAGAGUACCAGGAGAUGUGGAGCUGACAGAAAGUGGAGUGGGAGUCAACCUGUUUGUAAAGAAAUCAACUGUGGUCAUCCAGGUCGUUUGUGGAACGGAUGGUUAGAAAAUAUAGAAGCAGGUACCGGUCUUGGAGCUUCCAUCAUCUUCCGAUGCCACGAAGGUAUGCUUCUUGAAGGCAACUCCUCCACAGUAUGCCAAAUUGAUGGAAAAUGGCGCUACGCACUCCCGAAAUGCCUCGCACCUUGCGUGGUACCUCACAUAACAAAAGGCAGAGUUAUUCUUCUAUCUCGCAACGAUACAGCCCCCACAUCUGCAGUAGUAGUUCAUGGAGAAGUACUGGCAGUUGAGUGCGAAGCAAAAUACGAAUUUAUCUCCACCUUAGCUCAUGUUAGUUGCAAUAACGGUACCUGGACUCAGAUGCCUCGAUGCGAGCCUGCCAGAUGCCAGAGUUUACCCAAAGCACCGAGGCAUGGAAUGGUCUCAGCCCCUGAGAUGAAGCACGGUAUGAGAGCCAAGUUUAGAUGCAAGGACGGGUACCAGUUAAAAGGACCAAUUUUCGUGGAGUGUUCUUUCGGAAACUGGACUGGUGCAGUACCGAAAUGCGAAGAGGUAUUUUGUCCCUACCCUGGGAUAGUGGAAAAUGGGAAGAUCCUACUUGUAGGGAACAUGGGGUUAUACGAUUACAGGCCUUACGUAAAGAAAGUAGCGAAUAACAAACAAAUUAUGUACGAUUGUGAAAAAGGGUUUGUUCUGAGUGAAGGCCCACCCGGAGCAACUUGCGUUGGAGGAAGAUGGAGUCCUGGAGAGCUCCCAAAGUGUCUCCCUGGACAACAUCCGAGGUUCAGAUGGAACAGAAGAAGACGCUCUAUCGUAGUAGAAAAACUAAAAAGAGCCUUCAUCAGGAACCAUCAACAUAUCUAUCAAAGAAACGAUAAACGCAGAGUUCAUAACUUCUUCCAUGAACUACUCCCCCUACAUGAUUUGAAUUCGUAUAAAAACAGACAAAAAAGAAGCUUACCAGAAGUGGAAUAUGUUAUUCCAUCACCUAUAUUAGACGAAAUUGAUGAUGACAAUGCGGAAAUCGUUUAUAAAAAAGAAUGGUUUGUACCGCACAGCAGAAAACCCAGAAACUACGAUACUGUCGAGCUUUUGAAGAGGUUUAUAAAGAUUUUCGAUCAUAAAAGACCGAAUUUGUUUAGAAGAAAGCGGGCUUUGAAAGGGGGUGGUUCAAGUAGAGCUGUCGGUUCGAUACACAAGAGUUCAGGUUCUCAACAUAGUGUUAGACGUGGCAACAAAGGCAGAGACAACAUGGUCGACGAAGACCUCCCAAAUCCAGACAGUCCAGCCACGCCAACCAAAAAACCGAAAUUACAUAACAAAACCCGCAGCGGACCUUGCGAAGCCCUACAAGACGAACCCUUCGUCAACGUCGAGGUAGUAAAACAAGGAAAAGAUCCGAACGCUACCUUUGGAGCUGGUACCACCGUACGACUUGCCUGUGGUAAAGGAUACGUUUUAAAUAUGGCUGAAAAUCGUACAGCAAAAUGCGUCCGAGGAAAAUGGAAGCCAGUUAAGCCAGAAUGCAGAAUCAUACCCUGUUACGUCCCAGAAACGCCUUUCGGAGUGUACAGGUUCCAUAAGAGCGACAAUAUCAGUACCAGCGAUCUGGAAACACCUCUAAACCUCACUAGUGAAGUACCAAACGGUCAUGUAGUCGAAUUUAGCUGCGAGGAAGGUUAUAAUGUUGAAGGAUCAUCAAAUAUGAGGUGUUGGCAUGGUGAAUGGGCUGUAACGACUUUUCCAGAAUGCUUCCCAGCGCCUUGUAUCCUUCCACGCAUUCCCUUAGGACAGUACACUUCAGGAUACAGGGCAGGACUCACCAUAGCCAACGGUUCUUCAGUUACAUUUCAGUGCGACGAUGAUCAAGGUCCAGGAACUGCGCAAACAGUUGAGUGUCUUUUAGGAGAAUUACACCCCAAGAGUCCUAAUUGUGGUCCUGAAGUACAGGGAAUCCCAGAAACGCACUAUAUUGGAGGGAAGGAUAUAGUAAAAGGAGGUGAUAUCACUGUUAUUGAGUAUGGAAGUUCUAAUGGAAAAGCUUGUGGUCCUCCGGCAAAAGUAAGAGGUUCCCUGGUCUAUCGCAAUGGAGAACAGCUGAUAGAUGACGAAAAUAGCUUUCCAGAUGGUAGUGAAGUCACUUUCAACUGCAUAGAGAGUAUUAUGGGUGAGAAAACAACAUGGAAGAUAGUCUGCGAAGAUGGCAGUUGGAUAGGAAGAUCUCUGAGCUGCGAUGUAGAUGAACUGAUGCACCACCAAACAGUCAUGGGUAACAGUACCUGCGUCUUCAGGAACCAGGAACCCAACGUUAUAUCUUUUUACAACGACCAACAGAUUAAAGAAGCUGUUAUUGAGUUUCCAGCUGGAGCUGUAUUGGUUUCCAGGUGUAUAGACAUCGGGAAAUAUGCAAUGGUUGGUCCAAACAGAAGACGUUGCAUGGGCGGCGAAUGGGACGGUCCCAAACCUUCCUGUUUCGGUUUGAACCAAGAGAACGACUAUUCCAUGGAGAAACCACCCACAAUCUUAUUCAGACAUCAAUUGGGACCGAUAGCUCAGUCAAACGACGGAAAACUAAUAGUGUAUCCAGGUACAAUCCUUCACAUGGAGUGUCUGUGGAUUCGACGCUUCGGAGUACCGAAAUGGACGGUCAGUCAUGAUUACAGGAAGUACCCGGAAGGCUGGACGACGGAUAUAGGAAGAGACUCCCAGUUGGAGUACCGUUUAAGCAUUUUCCACGCAGCCAAAGACGAUUCUGGACUGUUUACUUGCGUUACACCAGCCAGGUACUCGCAUGCAGUUCAAAUAGUGGUUGCUGCCAUUCAUUGCCCGGCUAUACCGCAAAGAAGAGGCUUGACCCCGAGUACCCAAAGUACCAAGAUGAAUUCCUUGGUGAAGUUCUACUGUGUUAAUGGAAACUCGCUGAUUGGAGCUACGGAAAUCGUUUGUUUACCUUCGGGAAAUUGGAGUGCACCGUUCCCUGUUUGUGAGAGCGUAGAAUGCGGUGAUGUUGGUCCCAGUCCAGGCUCCCACCUUAAAGUCCUUGUAGUCUCCAGGGAAGUAGGAGGCAGAGCAGUCUUCUCCUGCGAUCCAGGCUACGGUUUACGUGGUCCCCCCGAGACAGUGUGCCAAGCUAGUGGGGACUGGGCUAGUCCCUUCCCAACUUGUGAUGAAGUGAGAUGCCCUGAACCAGAGGCCCCUGAAAAUGGAUACGUGCAGGGGGGACAGGGACCUUACAAGGCAGGGGACGUAGUGCAAAUCAGCUGUAACCCGGAUUACAUGAUGGAAGGACAACCCAUCAUUGCUUGUCAGGAGAAUUCGAGGUGGAGUGGCAAAAUGCCAAAAUGUUUGCAAGCCUGUUCUUAUCCUGGUACCACCAUCAGUGGCAGGAUGUCUUCGGUGAAGUUCUACUACAAGAUCGGCGAAAAUAUCACCUUCACUUGCGAGGAGGGGCUGCAGUUGAGGGGGGCAGCUAUGCUCAAGUGCCUCAAGAAUGGAAAAUGGUCCAACGCCAUACCGACAUGCGUGGGAUCGGAGGGAACCUUGAACUGAUCAGCUGACAUAUAGUUUUUAUUAGAAUCUAGUACCUAAUAUGCAUUUUUUUUGUUAAUUCUGGAUAUAUUCUAUAUAGUUGUGCAAUAAUAAAAUUACUUAUAGUACCGAUCAGAUCAAAUACAAACUUGUAUAGAAUGAUAAUUACAAGUAUAUAAGUAAUAAAAGUACGUUA